GGGCGCCUGGCUUUUUUAUCACCCGGAGCUCUGGGCGCCCUUUGUAUACGACUUCGUUCGCCCGCUGCCGCGCCGAAGACGUUGAAGCGAGAGAGAGAAAGAGAGAGAGAGAGAGAGAUAGCGCCGUGUUGUCUUCCGCAGCGCAUCAGAAGCGGAGGGUGCAGGGAAUGAGUGGGGGAUUGCGGAGAGAGCUGCAGCAGCACUGCGAGGAGUGCCGGGGGGCUGCGAGUAUCUAGGUUGAGGAGAGCAGGCAGGCUUUUGUGAUCCAUAGGCUCGUAGUCCUUUCGCAUGUAGAGGGCAAGAUCUGGAGGUGUUUUUUUUUUUUUUUUCCUUUUUCGCGCGCCUUUAUUCGAGGUUUUCUUUUCCCUCGGUUUGUCGAGGACGCCCUUUUGCAGCGCAGUCUUGUCGUUUGGUCGUGCGGGGUCGACUCCGGUGUUUUAGAGCUUAAUCUCGAUCGCUUACACGACGUAUUUAUGUUACUGUGGAAACUUGUGUUUAGAGGUUUUCCCUCGUUGUUCUAAAGCCGAAGUUGCUUUUUUUUCGCGGAGCCACUGUGGUGGAGUUUCUUCGGCACUGUUCUUGUUUUUUAGCGCGCGCCUCUGUGUGAUUGCUUUGCGUAGUCCGGUGGAAUUUGCCUCGGGAUCACACGACUUUGGUGCUGGACGGAGUUCGGUAGUUUGUUACCCGUCUCGCGAGGGAGUAGAUUGUGAGUGGAUGAGGGAGACGGUUGGGCAUGCAGCAACAAAUGGCUUCGUAUGCGGGCACCACAAUUACCACUGAGCUCAUACAAAAGUACCUGGAUGAGAAUAAGCAGCUCAUCCUUGCUAUUCUCGACAAUCAAAAUCUGGGCAAGCUCAACGAGUGUGCAACGUACCAAGCAAGGUUACAGCAGAAUCUGAUGUACCUGGCCGCUAUCGCUGAUGCACAACCUCAGGGUCCUCAGCCAUCGUCGCAGGCUGUCGCGACGAACGCAAUGCCAGCAGCUCAGCAACAAUAUAUGCAGCAACAGCAGAUGACCCAUCAGUCCAUUCUAGGACAGCGGAGUGGAUCUGCUCAGUACAUGAGCCAGGGCCAAAGUGCAGCUCACCAGUCGGGUCAGCAACAGCAGCAGCAGCAGUCGCUCCAUAGUCAGCAAGGCAUGAUGUCAGGGGGCAACACGGGUCUGCACAUCAUGUCAGGUGAAUCAGGAAUGGGUGGGAAUGGACCUCCCUCUGGUAGUUCUGGGUUUGGUGAGUAUGGUCAUGGGAAGGGUGGGGGAUCAAGGGAAGGAAGCAUGCAACAAGGGGUGGGAAUGAGGGGUGCAGGAGGAGGAUCAGACAUGCAAGGCUUAGGAGGUCAUCAAGGUGGCAGGGAAGGAGGGAAUUCUGGGUCUGGGCAUGGGCACGGUGGCGAUGAUUCUGAGGCGUCCUACUUGAAAGGAUCCGAUGAGGACGGAAGUUAAUUAUGACCUCGCGGGACGUUGAGGGUAGCGGCAAAGUCUUGAGAUCCUUAACCAAAGUUGACUCAGCACCUUCGCAUAUUCUAUCUGACUUUGAAGGAUCUGAAGGAUCAGUGUGAUCACUUUUUCCACUGUCAACAGAGGCAAGGGCUGUAAAAUUGGGGAUGUCAAGGCGAAUUUUCUUUCUAGUGUCGGAUGUUAAGUACAUGCUCCAUUUUCCUGAUAAAUUAUUGCUCUGGAAUCUGAUGUCAGGCAGGCAACCCGUAAGUAUGCCGGAGGAGGUGCUUUGAUUUGCAUCCUUGUGGCAUGCUGGCAUCUAUGAGAGUGGGGAUUCGAGAUUAUGUCUCAGGUAAAAUUCUGUCUGUGUCACAUCGCGUCGAGCUCUGUCACCUCGGGAUAAUGUAAGACAGUUGCCAGUUCCACUGGUCCUUAUCUGAGCUGGGUGCCCAUCAAGAAUAUCCACCGUAUGAUUUGUCGGAGUGUAAAACAGACUCAGAGUGCUAUUCAGCAGUUUGUGUAAAUGUUCGCCAAACAGUGGGUGUCAUCCUCUGGAGGCUGCUAUUUUGGGAUCCCAGGAUCAAGCAGCUGCUGGAUUGGAGCACCAGUGGGUCGUAAGUGUAGCUGCGAUUUUGUAUUAAGUGGUCGCUUGUCCAGAGUUCGAGAGGGUUGCCCGGUCCCUGCAAGGUAGGAAACAUCAUACACAACACCCUGCGAACACCAUAGAACUGUAUCUGCAACCAUUCUCGAUGUUGGACACGAGACUCUUUUUAU